AUGGCAUACCUUUUUAAUGCCUUGAAAGCUCACUGGUCCCCUUCAAGCAAAACCCCAUUUACAAAAUCAACACACCACUGCUAUAAUGUCAAGAUUCAAUCAAUCUUACUUCUCGGUAUCGUUCCUUUUUCUAGCUCUCUCAGCUCAUCUGCCAUGGAUUUCGGUGAGGAAAAAAACCUUUGGAUCUUCAUGGAUGAAGAAAGGAAGAACAUAAAUUUACCUAGGAGACUCUCAUUUGGUAACCAUGAAUCUGAUUCUCAUUUCACUUCUGCAAGAACAUCUUGUGCUUCCGCGGCACCAUUCCCACUUUGGCCAACAAGCCCCGAGACACCGUGGACUCGAUCCCCCAUGCGCACAUCUCCGACCCCGUCUCUUCUCUACCAUUGCGUGGCCUCGCUGCACCGAAAUGAAGGUAAUAUUUUCUCUAUAACAGUGUCCAAAGACUUCAUAUUCACUGGCUCAGAGAGUAGUAGGAUUCAUGCAUGGAAGCAACCAGAUUGCACUGAAAUGGGAUAUAUCAAGGCUAAAUCUGGAGAAAUUCGAGCAAUAUUGGCUAAAGGAAAACUGCUUUUCACCACACACGGUGACUACAAAAUACGUGUGUGGGAUGUGUCAUUAACAGAAAGCUUUCGGCCCAAGAAGAUCACAACCUUACCUCGAAGGAGGUCAUUUUUCUCGUAUCCAAGGAAGAAUAUCCAUCAACAUAAAGAUUAUAUCUCAUGUAUAGCUUACAACUAUGCAGAAAACCUUCUAUACACAGGUUCAUGGGAUAAGACAGUUAAAGCUUGGAAAAUUUCGGGAAGACAAUGCGUUGAUUCAUUUGUGGCUCAUGAAGGUCAUGUUAACGCAAUUGUGAUCAACCAAGAAGAUGGGUGUGUCUUCACAUGCUCCUCCGAUGGCACAGUGAAAAUAUGGAGAAGGGUUUUUGGAGAAAGCUCACACAUUCUCACCAUGACACUAAAGUUCCAACCAUCACCCGUUAAUACCUUGGCUUUCAGCCUGUCUCCCAGUGGUUGCUUCCUCUACUCCGGGUCGUCUGAUGGGCUGAUCAACUUCUGGGAGAAGGGGAAAAUGUCUGGCAGAUAUAAUCAUGGAGGAUUUCUACAAGGUCAUCACUUUGCAGUUCUUUGCUUAGUAUCAAUAGGAGACCUGGUCCUUAGUGGUUCAGAGGAUGCAACUAUUAGGGUAUGGAGGAGAGAGGAAGGAAAUUCCUUCCAUUCUUGUCUUGCAGUCAUUGAUGGUCAUCACGGACCGGUAAGGUGUUUAGCAGCUUCUUUGGAAACGAUGGAUAUCGUAAUUGGAUUGCUAGUUUAUAGUACGAGCUUGGAUCAAACUUUCAAGGUAUGGCGUGUUAAAGUAUAUCCUUCUGAGACGAUGAACUCAGAAAAAUCGAAAUCAGUUGAGAACGAUCAGCAGUCAGAAAUUUUAGAGUGUGAAAUGAAUCCAGUCUUGUCGCCUUCAUGGGUGGAGAAGAAGAUUCAGGGCAGCCAUUUUAAUUAGAAGGAAGAAGAAUGAUGGAUGAAGAAACAAACUAUGUGAGAUUUGUCUCAACAAAGUGG